AUGGGUGAAUCAAAAAACGAUACCCCUUUCGAUAACCCUGAGAGUGACCAAUGUCAUUGUCCGAUAUGUCUAGAGAAGGUAAGAAAUCCGAAAUAUCUACCGUGUUAUCACACAUUUUGUGAGUCGUAUAUACAGACUUAUAUUUCAAGUACGGCGACACGUAAGGACAAUGAAACGCUAAAAUCGAUGAUAGAGUGUCCAGUGUGUCGUAGAUGUAUCGAGGCUCCGCGGAAUGACAUUUCAAGUGAAGAUUGGGCAUCAGAAUUACCAAAGAAUAAACUUAUACUGACUUUAUCUGUAGACCCUGGGCAAGAUGAAAAUAAAAACUGCAUGUUUUGCAAACGACUGGAGAAAACUGUACUUGCAAACCACUGGUGUAAAUCUUGUAUAGAAGCCAUUUGCGAAGAUUGCAAAUCGUUACACAGAGCUGCACCAAGCCUGCAAAAUCAUAAAAUUGUAAAACUUUCCAACAUCAAGGAGGUGAACAGUGAAAUUGAGAUAGAAGAGUCAUGUCCGUUACAUACAGGGAAGGUUAUUGAUGUGUUUUGCCACGACCAUCAGGAGCUAUGUUGUAGUGUUUGCCUUGUCAAACAGCAUAAAUUGUGUAAGAAUGUAAACACACUUGAAGAUAAAGCUCAUGAGGUUGACCGAGAAAGCAUUCGAAAGACUGCUUUCAAAUAUAUUAGUUUGGAGAAAACUGUUCAAGAUAUUCUAUUAGAAAAUCAAAAUAAAGUAUCAGAACUUAACACAAGGAAGCAAGAAAUAUGUAUGACCACUGAAGAGAAAGUUCAAGAAAUAAAAUCAUUAGUGGACAAUGCACAUGCCAUGUGGCUUAAACGCUUUGAACAGAAUCACGCAGACUCCGUUGGAAACAUCGAAAUUGCUUCCGAGGAGUUGAGGAGGUUUUUCACUACAGUACAUGAAGCAAGAACCAUGCUACAGUCAGUGUUGAAGAGUGGGUCUUCAAAACAAUUGUUUGUCACAAAUUAUAAAUUACAGAAUCAGAUUUCUGACCACAUCACUCGUUUGAAGUCUUUGGAUAUUUGGAAAUUUCCGGAAGAUUACAAACAAUACAACUCGGAUUUUCUGAGUCAAAUUUCCAAUACAAAUGAGUUUGAAGACGUAGUGUUGUCUAAACAACAAUCUACGGCGGUGGACAGAAUUUUAUUGGGUGCUCAAGACAUGUCUAAAAAAGACUGGAUGAAAGUCACCUUUAACAAAUUAUCACAGAUUACCGGUUUCUCAGAGAGAGUUUAUUAUGGUUUGUUUAUACAUGAUACAAAGAUUGUUCUAUCUCUGUCAGACCCACCUUCGCUGAAGAUUUACGACAUCAGUAAGGCCACAGGAGAAUGCAUUCACACUGAGAAGUGUCAGGACAAACCGCACGGCAUCUGUCACUCCGGUCUGAGCUUGAAUGAAAUUUAUGUGUCUUUUAAAAACUUUAUCAAUCAUUAUCGAAUUGAUGUUGCAGAAACUACAACAUUUACAAUUCUUAAAACCAUUCAGUUAGAAGAACCCAUGUUGGCAAUUUCUUGUGGGCCAACCGCAGCAUUUGCAGCCAAUGAUACUAAGAGAAUGAUAUGUUCUUUGGACUUUAGCGUUAUCCAUAGUUCAGCAUAUAAACAUAGUGGAGUUGUACCCUUUGUGGCCUCGUCACUAAUAUCAGAUUUACAUUGUUUCAUAAGAGAUGAAAUGGUUAUAGUUGUGGAUGGAAAUAACAAAGAAAUUUUCAGGAGCACUCGGCAUGGAAAUCUACGUGGUCUUGCAUUUGAUUUAAAAGACAAUACUUUCGUUUGUAAGCAUAAGUCAACUAAACUAAAACAAUUUAAAUGCGACAAGAGCGAGAGUAGAGACAUUGUUCUAGAAGGCAUGACAGAAACUUACAACGUUAUACUUCAUCCAGCGGGAGAGAAGAUUUUGGUGUUAGACUACUGUAAAAAAUGUUGUGUAUACCAAAUAUCGUAG